CCGACCGACCAGAGCGCAAUAUGCCCCGACGACGAAGCAGCGAGCGCGAGGCCAAGGCCCACGACGAUGAAGUCGACGAGUCCAAGAGCUGCACGAGCGACGACGACCACACGAGCGACGAGGACAAGGACGAUGAAGAGCGGUCGGACGCAGCGCCACCCACGGGCCGUCGCCUCACGGCCCGCCGCAACACAGUGAUGGCGGCGCCGCUCGAGCUCGAGCGUGGCUGGACGCCGCCGCGGUAUUGCAAGAGCGCAAGCGAGAAGAGCGACAUUCGCACGGCGCUCAGCCACAACUGCCUCUUUGCGCACCUCGACGAGUGCGCCCGCGACGUCAUCAUUGACGCCAUGCAGCAGCGCUUGUACGACAAGGGCGAUGUGCUCAUCCGGCAAGGCGACGACGGCGACACGUUCUACCUCCUCGCGAAAGGGUCGGUGGACUGCAUCAUUGACCGCGACAUCGUCGGGUCGUGCGAGGCCGACACCCGCAGCAACCACUUUGGCGAGCUUGCGCUGCUCUACGACGGGCCGCGGUCGGCGACGGUCCAAGCGGCGACGGACGUGGCCACAUGGGCGCUGGACCGCGAGACGUUCAAGAAGGUGCUCAUGGACACGACGCUCAAGCAGUGCAAGCUGUACGCAGCCUUCUUGGCCGAGGUGCCGAUCCUCUCGGUGCUUUCGCCGUACGAGAAGCGGACGCUCGCGGAUGCACUCAAGCCCGUCUUUUGCGAGCAAGGCCAAGUCAUCCUCGUGGAGGGCUCGCGCAGCGAUGACUUUUAUAUUAUUUCCGACGGCGAAGUCAAGUGCACCAAGAACGGCGUCGAGGUGUCGCGGCCGCUCGGCAGCGGUGAUUUUUUCGGAGAAAUCGCACUCAUCUCGAACGAAGUGCGCCAAGCGACGGUCACGGCAGUGCGCGACACGACCGUGCUCGUGAUCGAUCGAGAGACGUUCAAGCGGCUGCUGGGACCGAUGGAGCUGCACCUGCGCAACCACGCGAGCUUGUACGACCAGUACAUUGGCCAUCGAAAAUAAUACCGUGUAUGAAUCGCACUACCGGAUCGCCUGUCGUCGCCCGAACGUCGUGGACAUUGCCGAAAUAGGAUCAAGUUGAAGUUGAAGCAAGGCCACGUGGAGGA